CAACUCGUUUUUGUUCCUAAAAGCUAAAACCCUACACCUACAGCACGCUUUCCAGUUUCAACAGUUGCUCGUAAUUCCUUCAUUUCCUCCACCAAUGGCGGCCUCAAAUAUCCUCGCUCAUCAAUCCCCUUCAACCUUCUCCUCAAAAUCCCUUGUUAGUUUCUCUCCAAAUCCCGUAUCCACGAACUGCAUUCUACCAUUCAAGCUCAAAUCCAUAUCCGGAAACCUAACUACUUCUAUGCGGGCAGUCCGUUUGCCAAAAGCCGUUGUAUCCCCGUCGGAACCCAAGACCCAGAAAUUCGAGCAUUGUUUCAGGAAAUCCGAUGAUGGAUUCUUGUACUGCGAGGGGGUUAAGGUUGAAGAAAUCAUGGAGGUGGUUGACAAAAGGCCCUUCUAUUUAUACAGCAAGCCGCAGAUUACGAGGAAUGUCGAGGCGUAUAAAGAGGCGCUGGAGGGUUUGAGCUCGAUUAUAGGUUACGCGAUUAAAGCGAAUAAUAAUCUCAAGAUUUUGGAGCAUUUGCAGAGGUUGGGGUGUGGGGCUGUUUUGGUCAGUGGGAAUGAGCUUAAGUUGGCUCUGCGUGCUGGUUUUGAUCCAACAAGGUGUGUCUUUAAUGGAAAUGGGAAAAUUGUGGAGGAUUUGGUGUUGGCUGCCCAAGAAGGUGUGUUUGUGAAUAUUGACAGUGAGUUUGACUUGGAAAACAUUGUCCACGCCGCAAGAAUUGCUGGAAAGAAGGUUAAUGUGUUGCUACGUAUUAAUCCUGAUGUUGAUCCUCAGGUCCAUCCUUAUGUUGCCACCGGAAAUAAGAAUUCAAAGUUCGGUAUUAGAAAUGAGAAGCUUCAGUGGUUUUUAGAUGCUGUGAAAGCACACCCUAAAGAAUUGGAACUCGUUGGUGCCCACUGUCAUCUCGGUUCUACCAUCACUAAGGUAGACAUUUUCAGAGAUGCUGCUGUUUUGAUGGUGAAUUACAUUGACGAGAUCCGUUCGCAAGGUUUUGAAAUAAGUUAUUUGAAUAUUGGAGGCGGUCUGGGGAUUGAUUAUUAUCAUACGGGAGCUGUCCUUCCUACUCCUAGAGACCUAAUAGACACUGUCCGCGAAUUGGUUCUUUCGCGAAAUCUAAAUCUCAUAAUCGAACCUGGAAGAUCACUCAUCGCCAACACGUGCUGCUUUGUCAACCAUGUCACUGGAGUAAAAACCAAUGGGACAAAAAAUUUCAUUGUGGUUGAUGGCAGCAUGGCAGAGCUUAUUCGUCCAAGUUUAUACGGAGCUUACCAGCAUAUUGAGCUGGUUUCGCCUACACCACCAGAUGCCGAGAUAUCCACUUUUGAUGUGGUGGGUCCCGUUGAAGAUGACGGGACCAUAUCCAAAAUCCGACAAGGAGAAACAUUUGAAGAUCAUUUGAGGUUUUUUGAGGGUCUUUGAUUUGAUGCUGUAGCUCUCUCUCAUUUCAUCAUCUCAGACCUGGCUGUGUUAUGGACCAAUAGAAUUUAUUGUGUACCUCUUUUUUCCCCUUUUACUGUAUCUUGAAUGCCUUUGUCUAUCCGAAUAUUUAGCAUGUCGCAGAAUUCUAUUGCCUUGAAAUGACAAAUUUGUAGCAUUGCAUACCGUGACUGGUAUGGAUAUGGGAUAAAAUUAUGAAACGAUGAAGUUUUUAACUGUAUAAUGGACGUGAUAUUAAUAUGAAUGUUGAAAACAUUUUUACUUAUUUGGAAAAAUAUUAGCUUAAGUAUAAGUUGUUAUUGUACAAUGAAUGAUGGAUGUGAUAUUAAAUAUGCCUCUAUAUUAUGUUACUAGGUUGUACACAAUUAUAAGAUAUCCC